GCUUGACUCUCGCUUUUCCGUUACCCAAUAAUCUUCUCCAGUAAGGCAAAAAAUCAAUUAAAACAAAAAAAGAAACAAACACUAAAAGUAGUUUCUCUUUCCCUUGUCCAACAUUUUCUUGUUUCAGUUUCCAAUGUAUUUAUUGUGUUUUGUCUGAAAAAAAAGAAGGUUCUUUUUGGUGGGUUUGCUGAUCAAGAUUAACGAAUGUUAUUUGAAAUUACUAUACCAUGACAACUAAUCGCAGUGCUGAUGCUAAUAAGGUUGAGGGGGUUAAUCAAACACCUCCUCCACCUGGGGCUAAUGAUCACACUCGUGGUGGAAGUAAGGUUUACAAAAGUGGUCCCCUGUUUUUAUCGUCAAGAGGAAUUGGAUGGACAUCAUGGAAGAAGAGGUGGUUCAUUCUAACUCGUACCUCAUUGGUCUUCUACAGAACUGAUCCUAAUGCUACUCCUCAAAAGGGAACCGAAGUGAAUUUAACCCUGGGUGGUAUUGAUCUCAACAGUUCAGGCAGCGUGGUUGUCAAAGAAGAUAAGAAACUGUUGACUGUGCUAUUUCCUGAUGGUCGUGAUGGACGAGCUUUCACACUCAAGGCGGAAACAUCAGAGGAUUUGCUUGAGUGGAAAACUGCACUUGAGGAAGCUUUGGCAAAUGCACCUAGUGCUGCUCUUGUAAUGGGCCAAAAUGGAAUAUUUAGGAAUGAUCAGGCCAAUGCUGUUGAUGUUUCACUUGAGGAAUCUAAUGAUAGACAGCCUGUGAAGUCCUUGGUAAUUGGUCGGCCGGUUUUACUUGCUCUGGAAGAUAUUGACGGAACUCCAUCUUUCUUGGAGAAAGCCCUGAAGUUUGUAGAAGAGCAUGGGAUUAAAACUGAAGGCAUCCUGCGGCAAGCAGCAGAUGUUGAUGAUGUUGAGCAUCGAAUACGGGAAUAUGAACAGGGUAAAACUGAUUUUUCUACAGAAGAGGAUGCACAUGUUAUUGCUGAUUGCGUCAAGUACAUUCUGCGGGAGUUGCCAUCAUCUCCAGUUCCUGCAUCUUGCUGCAAUGCCCUUUUGGAAGCAUUUAGAACUGAGCGGGGCAUUAGGGUCAAUGCUAUGCGUACUGCUAUAUUGGAGACAUUUCCAGAACCAAACCGUCGUUUGCUGCAGAGGAUUCUGAUGAUGAUGCAAACUGUGGUUUCCAAUAAAACUCAAAACAGAAUGAGCACAUCGGCAGUGGCAGCAUGCAUGGCACCUUUACUUCUUCGCCCACUUCUAGCUGGAGACUGUGAGCUAGGAAAUGACUUUGCUAUGAGUGGUGAUAGCUCUGUUCAACUUCUGCAGGCGGCUGCUGCAGCUAACCAUGCUCAGGCCAUUGUCAUCACAUUGCUAGAGGAGUAUGAUAAAUUAUUUGGGGAAGGCUCUGUAUCGCCUGAACUGUAUUCUGACUCAGAUGGUAGUGGAACCGAGAGUGGAGAAGAAUUUACUGAUGAUGAUUACAGCUAUGAUGAAGAAGACGAAGAUGAUGAUGAUGAUGCAGAAGAGGGCUCUCACGCUGAUAUUGAUGAUUCUGAUCAUGACUCCUGUGCAACAACCAAUGAGGUUGGCGAAAAUGAAGAUAGUAAUAAGAGCUCCCAAGUGUCUAAAACUAGCUUAAAGACUACUGAAGUGGACGUCGUCAAAACUACUGGGAGCUCACCAAAAAGUCUACCUCAAACUUCUGUUCAGAAUGACGUCAAUGAAGCGGGUGAGAGGGUUCUGCCUCCAAGUCGUGAAAAUUCUAGAGCACAAGGAAAUGUAUCUGUUGAACAAGUAGGACCGGGACAGAUUGAAACAUCUACUUCUCAAAAGUCAACAGAUAAGUUAAAUGGACCUCUACGCAGUGUUCGGCGACCUGCUGUCUGGGGGCGUACUCCUGCCAAGAAGAACCUCUCCAUGGAAUCAAUUGAUAUCCCCUUUGAUGAUGAAGAUGAAAUCCAGAGGCUUGAGGCCAUUAAAGCUGACUUGCAAAGUAGGAUUGAAGAGGAGGCCAAAGGUAACGCCCUUUUGCAAGAAAGCUUGGAGAAACGAAAGGAUGCUUUGCAUGAGCGUCGUCUAGCACUUGAGAAAGAUGUAUCAAGGCUUCAGGAGCAACUACAGAAGGAGAGGGAGUUAAGGAGACUCUUGGAAGCUGGACUUGAAGGCAAAUUACCUGUCUCUUCCAGUAUAGAUGGGAAGAUGAAGAAAGAACUUCAGGAGAUUGCUCAGGCAGAGGCAGAUGUCAUCAAUCUGAAACAGAAAGCUGACGAUCUUGGAUUGGAGCUUAGUAAACAACGUGAACAAAACUCCAGACUUCGUGGUGACUCGGGCAAUCAACCACAGCAAAGUCUAAAUAAUCAAGGAAAAAGCAAGGAUAAACAUAAGGAUAUGGAAACUAAUGCUUCAAAAACUCUUGAAAAGUCUGCAAGAAGUAAGCACGAGACCAGUUUGAACAAGGCAGAUAGUGAGAAAGCACAGAGUAAGCAGGCAGAUUCAUCACAAAGUCCCAACUCUUCUGUGGAAGCGGGGAUGAGCAGGGUCCCUUCAGCCAGUGUUAGAAAAUCUACUUCUAGGAAUGAGGGAGCUAAUACUACAACAUCAGCAUUAUCAAAGCUGACAAACAGGCUCAACUUUUUGAAAGAACGUCGGACUCAAAUUGCAAGUGAACUCCAACACCUCGACAAAAACCAUUCUGAUCAGCCUGUCAAAAACAACGAAAGAGGUAAAGGGUCCGAACAAGCAUCUCAAAGUCAAACAACAGAAAAGAGACCGGAUGAUGGUCAAUCACUUCAGCAUCCAGAUCAAGGAACAAAACAGGAAGAACAUUCAAAUUUGGACAAAGGAAUAUCAGAUAGCUUGCCAAACACGGAAAAAGGUCGAGCUGUAAACCCUCCAAGGACAAACUCUAGAUGAUGCAUAGUCAUUUUUGGACUUCCCUAGUUUGCAGUAUGUCACACAACUUCUCAGAUGGUGCGCAUGCUUGUUGCAUACUACCUCGAUUGGUGCCCCGAGAAUCUAUUGUGAUGGCAAAACCUUGCCUAGCUGAGAUUCCAUGGGGCCCGAUACAUACAGGUCAUCUACCCUAUGAGGAGAAGUUUGAGUGACGUGAAGCGCUGUUGAGCUGAAGUUUUGUCCAUUGUGUCUUGUAGACGGAAAUGAAAUCAAUGCUUUUGUAUAGGUAUGUGGUAAGUAGAAUUCUAAUCAUCUGAUUUAGCAGAUUAAAGCUAUCAGAUAGCUUGCUGAUGAAACUAAUAUAAGAAAAUUUUUGGUGCCAUUCAAUUGUAUAAAAUGUUGGUGCUUCACCUCUGGAAAUAAGUUUGUUAUUAGGACAGGUUUAAUUAAGUUUUUUGCUUCA